AUGGCCACCUCGGCAGCACCAAUCUGCACAGCAAUCUACCUCAUCACCCUCACCGCUACGAACAACAACCUCCGCACCGCCUUCCACGCCAUCUACGCCAUCUCCAUCUUCUUGCCUCUCUUUGUCGCCUUUCUCCGUUUCCGCAUGCGCGACGGCAUUCUCUUCCGCCGCAACAACUUCAAAACCAAGCUCUCUCCNCCUUACCUGCUUGUCUUGAAACGCUAUGGCUGGCGACUCCUCGGCACCUCUUCCGCAUUCUUCGUCUACGACUUUAUCAACUUCCCGAAUGGCAUCAUGAGUGCGGCCAUCAUCAACAAUGUGGUGCCGGGCAAGGAUGUGCGUCAAACAGCCAUCUGGCAAUUCAUCCUCGCACUGCUCGCCGUGCCCGGACCCAUCGUGGGCAGUUGGCUCUGCAACCGCAUCGGACGUCGCUGGACCGGCAUCGCAGGCUGGACCGGCUACAUCAUCCUCGGCUUCAUCAUCGGCGGCUGCUACACCCACCUCACCACGCAUGCCAUCGCCGCCUUUGUCGUGCUCUACGGCUUGAUGCAGAGUUUCGGGCACAUGGGCCCCGGCGCCACCAUCGGCCUCAUGAGCGUCGAAUUAUACCCCACCGCCGUCCGUGGAGUCAGUUAUGGGGUUUCUGCGGCGUUUGGCAAGGCGGGCGCUGCGAUUGGCACGCAGGUGUUUACGCCCAUCAGGGAUGCUUGUGGCCCGGCGUCGACGUUUUAUCUGCUUGGUGGGCUUUCGGUGUUGGGGGCGGGUAUUUACUAUCUUCUCCCCGAGGGACGAGAUAUUGAUUUGGCUGCCGAAGACGAGAGCUUCAAUAUCUAUCUUCGCAGCGAGGGGUUUGAGGUUGACAAAGUUCAGCAUUGA